AUGGCGGCAAGCACGUUCUGGAAGCGGCGCUCGCUGCGGGUACCCGAUGAUCGGACCACGCGGGCCGCCGAACUCACGCUGCGGCAGUCGUUGUACCCGAUCUGUCUCGUCACCGUGCUCUUUUUCCUGUGGGGCUUUAGUUACGGCCUCCUGGACACGCUCAACAAGCAUUUUCAGAACACGCUUGGGAUUGACAAGACGAGAUCGUCGGGAUUGCAGGCAGCGUAUUUUGGUGCAUACCCCCUCGCAUCACUCGGCCAUGCGGCGUGGAUUUUGCGACACUUUGGAUAUCGGGCUGUAUUUAUCUGGGGAUUGUUUUUGUACGGUCUCGGCGCCUUGCUGGCCAUCCCGGCUAUCAUAAGCCGCUCGUUUGGCGGGUUUUGUGCCUGCAUUUUCAUCAUCGGGAAUGGUCUCGGUUCGCUUGAGACGGCGGCCAACCCGUACAUCACCGUCUGCGGUCCACCCAAGUACUCCGAGGUUCGGAUCAACCUAGCCCAAGCUUUCAAUGGCAUUGGCACUGUGAUCGCACCCGUCCUCGGCUCCUACGUCUUCUUCAACUUCGACGAAGAAACAGCCCUCAAAAAUGUGCAAUGGGUCUACCUUGCCAUCGCCUGCUUCGUCUUCCUGCUCGCCGCCGCCUUCUUCUUCUCCACCAUCCCCGAAAUCACCGACGCCGAUAUGGCUUUCCAGGCCAACGAGACCCACUCCGGGGCUGCCAACGACCAACCCUUCUUCAAGCAGUGGCGCCUGUUCCACGCGGCGUUUGCGCAGUUCUGUUACACUGGCGCGCAGGUGGCGAUCGCGGGAUAUUUCAUCAACUACGCCACCGAGACGCGGUCCAACACCGAUUCGGCGCUGGGCUCGAAGUUCCUGGCGGGGUCCCAGGCUGGGUUUGCGAUAGGCCGGUUUGGCGGUGUCGCGCUCAUGCAUUUCCUCCUGCCGCGGAAGGUAUUCCUGUUUUUCUUAACAAUGUGCAUCGUGUUCUCCGCGCCGGCCAUCACGCAGCGCGAGAACACGGGCCUGAGCAUGGUGUUUGUGACCAUGUUCUUCGAGUCGAUUUGCUUCCCGACCAUUGUGGCGCUGGGCAUGCGGGGGCUAGGCCGGCAUACGAAGCGCGGGUCUGGGUACAUUGUGGGUGGUGUCGUGGGCGGUGCGUGUGUGCCGCCGCUGAUGGGUGUUGCUGCGGACAGGCAUGGCACCGGGUUUGCGAUGGUGGUUCCGUUAUGUUUCUUUGUGGGCGCGUGGACGUAUGCGUUGGCGGUCAACUUUGUGCCGGCGUACCGAGAUCCGAUUGACGCGUUUGCACAGACGGAUGUGGGUGUGCGGGAGCGGGAUACUGACGAGGCGGAUCAGAAAGUUGGGACAUUGGGCGGUGCUGAAACUGGCGAUGUGGAGGAGAAGGCGGGGGCGAAGAACCUGGAGAAGGUGUAA